UUAAGUCUUCUCUCACCUCGUAAGCUUCACCCUCUGCUUUUGCUUUUGCUUCCAAGAAAAUCCAAAAAUAUCGAUAAUCCCAACGUCAAUGUGUCGCCCAAUUCAUGCUUAAUCACCUGGGAAAAUUCUAAAUCCUGAUCUUCUUCGCCCGAACUACAUUCCCAUUACCCUUUUCAUUUUGUUCAAUAUCCAUGGCGGCAGCAAGAACUGCUAGCUCUGCUCUUACAUUUCAUACUUCAAUCCUUGCGAAGAGCCAGCGUGGUCGUUUGAACAAGAAGAUUUUUGGCCUUCCCGUACCUGUCAAUGGCGUUUCUCGGAAUGUGAAGCAAGUGAAGAAAGGAGCAAUUAGGCAUGGAGUUGUGCGUGCAGUAGCAGAAGUGAGCGUUAAAGAGUCUGAGAGUUUAGAUCUCUUGGGCAUGGAUGUGGUGGCAGAAGGAGAGCUGAGAGAAAAAGGGUUUUUGGGGAUGAGGAAGACGAAGCUGGUAUGUACAAUUGGGCCGGCUUGUUGUUCAUCGGAGGAGCUUGAGAGGUUGGCAAUGGGAGGGAUGAAUGUGGCUAGGCUUAACAUGUGCCAUGGCUCAAGGGAAUGGCACCGAAAUGUGAUCAGGUUGAUCAAGAAAUUGAAUGAGCAAAAAGGGUAUUGUGUUUCUGUGAUGAUUGAUACUGAAGGGAGUCAGAUUUUUGUGGUGGAUCAUGGAGCUCCUUCCUCUUUAAAAGCUGAGGAAGGUUCAAUUUGGUUGUUUACUGCAAAAAAGUUUGAGGGGUCUCUUCCAUUCACAGUUCAAGCAAACUAUGAAGGAUUUUCUGAAGAACGAUUGGCAGGAAUUGUAGUUGGUGAUGAACUAGUUAUUGAUGGUGGAAUGGCAUGCUUUGAAGUGAUUGAAAAGAUUGGAAAUGAUUUGCGCUGUAAGUGCACAGAUUCUGGUCUGUUUCUGCCUCGAGCCAAAUUGAGCUUUUGGAGAGAAGGUGUGCUUGUGGAGAGGAACUAUGGACUACCAACUUUAUCAGCAAAGGAUUGGGCCGAUGUCGACUUUGGAAUCUCAGAAGGUGUUGAUUUGAUUGCUAUGUCAUUCGUAAAUGAUGCUGAUUCUGUCAAGCAUCUAAAAGACUACCUCUCCUCUAAUUCAGACAAAUCAAUAAGAGUAUUGGCAAAGAUAGAGAGUUUGGAUUCUCUUCAGAAACUGGAAGAAAUUGCUGAGGCUUCUGAUGGAAUCAUGGUGGCUCGCGGUGACCUUGGAGUAGAAAUCCCUCUUGAACAGAUUCCAACUGUUCAAGAAGAAAUAACUCGUAUCUGCAGGCAACUAAACAAGCCUGUGAUUGUAGCUUCUCAACUUCUGGAGUCAAUGGUCGAAUAUCCAACCCCAACACGUGCUGAGGUGGCAGAUGUUUCUGAAGCUGUUCGACAGUAUGCCGAUGCAUUAAUGUUGUCUGGUGAGUCAGCUAUUGGAUUAUACGGACAGAAGGCUCUUUCUGUCUUGCGAAUGGUUAGUAGUCGAAUGGAAUUAUGGAGUCGUGAAGAAAACCGACAAACCAAUCUCCGGACACAUCAACUUGGAGAGUCAUUGCAAGAGUGCAUUGCUGAAGAAAUAUGCAAUUCUGCUGCUGAAAUGGCUAACAACCUCGGAGUAGAUGCAAUCUUUGUCUACACGAAGCAUGGAGAAAUGGCAUCUCUUCUGUCUCGAAACCGCCCACAUUCGCCCAUAUUUGCAUUCACAAGUGAUACUACUACUCAGAUGGCUUUGAAUUUACAAUGGGGAGUUUCCCCCGUCCUCGUUGAUUUGUCGGAUGAUAUGGAAGACAACAUCUCAAAAACCAUUGAACUUAUGCAAACAAAGGCAAUGAUAAAAGCAGGAGAUUUUGUUUUGGUGGUCUCAGAUUUAACUCCGGCACGAGCAAGUUCAUCAGCAUUCCAAUCUAUCCAGGUGAGGACUGUAGUUUAGUGGAUUUUCUCUUAUAAUGUUGGUCACUUGUCUGUUUGUGGUAAGAACAAUAAGGCAAAGUAAACGGAAGAAACUUCAAGUUCUUAGGAGGUUUGUGAAAGAUGCCUGUACACGAGGAUCAAUGGUUUUAUUCACUAUGAUCACUCAUCAUUAUAUCAUGAUUUUGAAUAUAUCUAUAUUCGAAUGC